AUGGGCUCUCGUUCUAUUGAAGGUCCGACAACAGGUCUUGACAUUGACGCCACCUCGGUGACAACACCAGAAACGGAAGUUACAACAAGCGAACCUUGGUACAAGGGUAUAUUUGCUUAUCCAGGAAAAUUGUUUAAUGACAUUAUUGCGGCUCCGACAACAUUGAGCAAUCAUAAACAAAUUGCACUUGCUUUGAGAAAACUUAAUGGGGAGGUGAAGGAAUUUUGUGCAGAUAAAACUUUAAAUCCUGAAUUGGAUUGGGAUGCGACCGCAAGAAUUUCAUUGGAUUUGUGUGAAGACGAAACAAAUUUUGUGCGCGAGCGUAAAGAAUAUAUUCGAGAUAAAUUUGCUAAAUACAUUGACGUCGAUAUGAAUGAAGUGGAAAUUGAUGAUAUUCCAACAAUUGCAUUUGCUGGAAGUGGAGGUGGAUUUAGAGCAAUGUUAGCAACUACCGGUUAUGCACAUGCAGCUUACAAUUCUGGCCUAUUGGAUCUUGCAACUUAUAUGGCAGGUGUGAGCGGAAGUUGUUGGAACAUUGCAACACGCUAUACUUCAAACAUAAGCAAUCAAGAGGAUCCGCAUCAAUGUUUAGUUGAAUUUUACAAAUCGCGUCUCUCACUGCCAUUUACGCAGCCAAAUAGUUUAUUAAAAAUAUUCGAAAAAACGAAAUCACCAGAGACAGCAGUUGAUCUCACGUUCGGAGGGAUCGCACAAAAGAAACAGACUGGAAUUGAAUGUGGUCCUAUUGAUAUGUUUGGUGUGUUGCUUGCUUCGCGUCUCUUGCUUGGCGAUGACCCCACUAUCCAACGUCCCGAUUUCAAAUUAAGCCAACAGAAACGAUUUUUGGCUGGUGGAAAGAAUCCAAUGCCAAUUUAUACCGCACUUCAUCACUGUCGUCCAUGGAAGCAUACACUCCCUCCUGAAUAUGCAGCUCUAAUACCCAAUUACGAGGAAGUAUUAAAAGAAUAUCAAAAGAAAAAAGAUCACUAUCUUUGGUUCGAAUUCACUCCAUUUGAAGUCGGUUGCGAGGAAUAUCCCGCGUUUAUUCCUUCAUGGGCAUUUGGGCGGCGUUUUGAAUUCGGAAAAAGUGUGGAAAGAAUACCGGAACAAAACUUUGGGUUACUUGUGGGCCUCUUCGGUUCUGCUCCUUCUGCACCUCUUUCAUGCGCAAUUAGACAGUUUGAAUAUGGUUUGCCAGAUGGAUGGCUUAAAAAUACAUGGAAGAGAGUGUAUACAACAGCUUGUGAUAAAGCGGGUGAACAACGUAUGAGUGAACUUGAAGCAGUCCACACAAUCCCAGAAGCCAGAAACUUCAACUUCGCUUAUCAUCUUCAUCCACCUCCAUAUGAACUUGGCACUACAAAUGGACCUUACCUUGAUUUCGUAGAUGCUGGCGCUUCAAGCGAUCUUCCUUUAUAUCCAUUAACACAUCCAAAUCGUAAGGUUGAUCUUAUUAUUGCUGUUGACGCCGCGACUUCCACAAUAGAUCACAAGUUCUUCGACCAACAACAAGAUUUAUUAUGUCAACGUCGUAAACUAAAGAGAACUCCGCGUACCGGUAUACCUGAAACCAAGUAUGUCGAAGUAUACGAUUUUACUCCGACUGGAGAAGAACGAGAUGAAUACUGGCCAGCAGCCACUCAUGAUACAACGUUAGUUUAUAUGCCAUUUUUACCUAACGAGAAAGUUGAUAAAGAUUUUGUACCAGCCAAGUCAAAGAUUACAAAGUUUAAUUGUUUUACUUAUUCUCCGGAAAAUGUGGAUUUGGUCACAAGAUUGGCGAAACAAAAUUGGAGUGAAGCAGAAGAAAUUGUAAAGUCCGUAAUAAAAGAUGCGUGGGAAAAAAAGAGAACUGCAAGAUUGAAUGCUAAAAAAUAG